CUGUCGAUCCCAAGAAAAAUCAAACAGACUCCAUCAACAAAAGCACCCUCGCUUGGAGAAAUGUGAAAGGAGGAUAGUGGAGUCUUCACACCUCCACAAUUUAUGCGUCUGGGAUUGUAAUCAUACUUUAUACGGUACCGAAAUUUAGUACUGGCUUAUUGUGGCUACCAACUUGUGGAAACUGCAGUAAAUGCGGGUUCCGAUGCUUGACCAAAUGUCUCUUCCCAAGAACGCACCACCUCAGACCACAUCUCAAUUUGCGACGAGGACCCAGCUAAAGGCAUAUCGUGACUUUACAGACCUCAUCAAAAAGGAGCCAGGCCUGUUUGAUACCUGGCCAGAGUUUGAUGAUGCAGAAGUGCGAAAAUCUGUGACACGGGCUGACGCAACUGCAAGCGAAAGCAAUUUUAGAAAUGGGGGGAAAGGGCCCAAUCAUCCGCCCAACAUGGUCCACCCCGCUCCUUUGACGUACAAGCGCGUCCAGGACCGCAAAACGAGGCAGGGACGAUUACUCUUGGUAUCCUUAUUGGAGAAUUUCUGCACUCUGUACGAUGAAUCCCCGGAACGAAACAGAAGACUAUUUUAUGUUAUAUGCAAGCAGCUUCAUAGUAUGGGGGUAAUUGACUCGGAGGACUUUCUAGAGGAACUACAUGCUGUUCGAGGAAGUUACAAACGUGCAUUUCGAGACUUGGUCGUACGAGCAAUGGAGGCAAUUCGGGAACAAGACGAUCAUCGGGUCUUGGAUUUCACUCCUCCGUCGCCUGAACCGGACGUGCUGCGAUCGUCCGUUGUUGAGCACAGAUCAUCUCUGUAUCGCCCAGGAAGUUCGGAGGCCCUUUCACGCAGUACCAGUUUCAUUUCUUCCCGGUUGGCAAGAACAGGAGAAACAUUCGCAUCUGUUUGGGACAUGCGCUCAUCCCGUUAUAGCGAAGAUUUCAAUGAAUUGCAUGUCCUUGGAAAAGGGGCUUUUGGCCAGGUGUGGAAGGUCAGAAACCGGUUGGACAAUGUUGAAUACGCCGUGAAGAAGAUUCCAUUGAAGAUGGGGAUGGGAAACUUAGAGCGAAUAUUACGAGAAGUAAAAUUUCACGCCCGGCUAUCGCAUACGAACGUUGUUAGAUACUUUUCUGCGUGGGUAGAGGACAUUCCUGUUGCUAGAAGUGCCAACCGAGGGAAUCCCCCGUCCAUCAUUAAGGAUGACGAAGGUGAUUACAUUCAUACUACAACGGAAACGGCGCCCAAUUGUCACCAGAAAAGCACCCAUAGUCCAAGAUGGGAGCAAGGGCGAAUUACCGAAGUGGCUACUGAUAUGGAAGAUGCAGCUAUUGAGCAAGAAUAUGACGAUAGCAUGGAGGACAGUGUGGGUCUUGUAUUUGCAGAGGACGAUACGGCCGAAAAAAGUCCUACGCGCCAUGACGAGCAGAUAGUCCCGCGGUACUCUCAACGUCAACGUCCCAGGCGCUCGUUACCGUCGCCCGAACCGGAUCCGUCGGACGAAGAAAGCACCCCGAAGGGUUUCUUUCAAACCAAUAGCGCCUUUUACGCUAAUAUCAACGAACCAGAAUCGUCAGAUGAUGAUGAGGGCGCAGACAGUUCUCUGUACAUGCGAGACUCUCAAGUCGCUGCCUCUACAAACGCCCGCCCCCAGCCUGUGGCUCAUCCUACUUUGCCAUCCCAAGCUAGUCUUCCCGAUGACGUGGAAUUGACCCUGUUUAUCCAAAUGGAGCUGUGUGGACAGACGUUAAGAGACUAUCUCAGAGAACGUAAUAGACGCGUGUCUGAGGGCAGUACUGGGGUGAGUGUAUAUGAAUGCCGCAGGAUAUUUCGAGAUUUAGUGGAGGGUUUAGUAUAUUUGCAUGGAUUUGGCAUCAUUCAUCGUGAUGUCAAGCCAAAGAAUGUCUAUUGGAAACCCGACGACGAUGCGUCAGGUAAAGGAAGUUGGAAAAUUGGAGAUUUUGGACUGGUAACUGCCACAGAUCUAGAAUGUGGGGAUUUUGUUGAAGUUAAUGCGCAUGAAUGCGAGGAUGGUGCGGUUGACGGACCGGAGUACGAAAAGGGGCCAGACGCAACACCCGUACAUCCAGAGUCUGGUACUCGUAAUUUCGGCCGAUUAGGAAACCGGAAACCUCGUCGUCAAUCCGAAUCUCAGUCUCAAUCUCAGUCUGAUCGAACUGCUGGCGUCGGAACUGUUACGUAUGCAUCUCCAGAACAACUCCGUCCAUCUCUAUCUACUCCAUACACCCCUGCUUCAGAUAUUUAUUCGCUGGGGAUAAUUCUCUUUGAGCUCCUCCACCCUUUCGCCACUAAUAUGGAACGUGCCCGAAGCUUACAAGCGCUUCGCGAGGGGGCGAUGCCUGAGAAGUUUAUCGAAGAAUAUCCUGAAGAAGCGGGAUGGAUCUUUUGCAUGAUGCGAAUGGACCCUACAUCGAGGCCUGGAGCUGGUGAGAUUUUAGAAUGGCUUGAUGAGGAAGCGUAUCUUGGACGACGGCGGUCGCGUGCUACUUAUAGAUCUCAGAGUCAAUUAAGCUUACUCGGAAGCGGGCUGGUGUCAGUGGAUGGGGGAGUAGACUGCGACUCAGACACGAGCAGAAGCUCUCCCCAAAGCAGCCCUCCAAAUUCUCUGGGUGCCGAAGUACCCGUAACACCUAAUGUGUCACCCUCGAAACCUUCAGUUCUUUCAGAAGCAAUGUCAGACAAUCUUGUAUCUCAAAAUGAAAUACUGAAGGCUCGAGUCGAAGAACUUGAGCGACGAUUAAGGGACAUGGGUGUCGCGUUUUAGAGAGAGACUUUCUCUGACGCAGGGACUAGCGGAUGUAAUGAAAAUGUAUGCUAAAAUGUACUUCUUUUGCAAAUGUAUAUAAGAAUUGACGAUAUUGAGAAAAUCUAUGCUCCA